AUGUCUACUCCCCUCGAAACCUCAGCCAUGGAUGUCGACGGCAGCAGUGACCGUGGCCGUAGCAGCCCCUCAUCGAUCCGGAGCGACUCGAGCCAAAUCUCUUAUACCGAUGACUACAAGACGCUGCCGUCGAGUGGCCCGGAUAGCCAUGCUCACAUUAUCGACCUUAGCUACUACGCAGAGCUUGCCAAAGAGGACGGCAUGAUUAAGCUUCAAGAUGCAAUCGUCACUACACUAUUCAGUGCAUCACCAGAGACGCUCGCAAGCUUCUUGAGCCCUACGGUGAACACGUUCAAGGCUGUCUUUGGCAAGAAGGAUGUGCAGCUUGUGAUCUGGCGCAAGGGUCUCGAGGUCUUCGUAAGUGGCCGUGCAUUCAUGGUCGGAGCAUAUGAGAACCAUACCAGCAUGAAGUCGUUCCGCUUCGAACACGUCGCUGGCUUCCUGAUCGGAUACGAUGGCGCGUGGCACCCCAAGGUAACGGCUAGCAAUGCCUACUCCAGCAGCAAGUGGCCUGAUGUUUGGGCAGGCAAGUUUGAAGACCGAGGUGGCGUGGCCAAGAUGACUGUGGAGGUCCAAGAAGCAGCAAUGGCUGGGCGCGCAUCGACUCUGGCGGAGUAUAUGCUCAACACAAAGUACUGGGAGCUCAAGGCAGAUAUCAAACUGACUUGA